UUUUCCCCUCCGCCUCUCUCCAAAAUACCAUUAUCCCUCUCAAAAAAAAAAAAUAGAUCUCCUUUCUCCCCCCAACCUCCUCCUCCCAAGAAACCCUCUUCGAUGGCUACUCCUCCAAGGCGACUUCGCUCCCUCCGCCGGCCGGCUGCUGCGCUCCUCCCACUCCGAUGAAAGGAUCGGAAGUUCCGACUAAUGAUGGAAUGCCAGUUGGGUAUGCUUUGUCCCCCACGGAAACGGUCAACUACGUGUCUGCUCAUGACAAUGAGACUUUGUUUGAUAUUGUCAGCUUGAAGACUCCAGUGGAACUCACUGUAGAUGACAGAUGUAGGAUUAAUCAUUUGGCCUCAAGCAUCAUAGCAUUGUCCCAGGGAGUACCAUUUUUCCAUGCUGGUGAUGAGAUAUUGCGGUCCAAAUCACUUGAUCGUGACUCGUAUAACUCCGGUGAUUGGUUUAACAGGUUCGACUUCAGUUAUGAAACAAACAACUGGGGUAUCGGACUUCCGCCAAGAGAAAAGAAUGAGAACAACUGGCCUUUGAUCAAACCACGGUGCCAACCAUCCUUCAAGCCUGAGAAACGUCACAUUCUUGCUGCACUUGAUAAUUUUGUCGACCUUUUGAAGAUCAGAUACUCCUAACCACUUUUUCGUUUGGGGACAGCAAAUUGCAUUCAGGAACGAGUUCGAUUCCAUGACACAGGUUCGUCAUGGGUCCAUGGAGCAAUCAUUAUGAGCAUUGAAGAUGGACAUGAUGGAAAACCAGGCAUUACCCAAUUAGAUCCAAUCUACUCCUAUAUUGUAGUUGUCUUCAAUGCAUGCCCAUCUGAAGUCUCUAUAGAAGUUCCUGCGCUCAGGUCGAGACCACUUGAAUUGCACCCUGUGCAGCUGAAAUCGGUGGAUGAGUUGGUAAAAAAAUCAACGUAUGAGGCGGUCGCCGGUCGCUUCACUGUUUCUCAGAGAACCACAGCAGUUUUUGUUGAAGUUCGGGGCACUCCUUAAUGUAUCAACUGGCGCUAGUGAGUAUAUUUUUCAUAAUCACAUCUAAAUGAUGUAUGAAUAAAAGGCUAAUAAGAAUUAGGUCGGAAGAAGUUAUCCGAACUAUUCUAGUAGAAUAAAUUUGACUGCAUAAACAUAAACUCUGGAACAGGAAUAUCUCUAUUAAUUGUCCGAAUAAAUUUGUUUCUAUAUCUUCCCUUUA